AUGAGUUCAUCACUAGUUGCUUAUGAUGAUUCAGACUCUGAGGCAGAAGCGGAAAAGACUGAAGUCCCCAAUACUUCUGGCAGACAAACAAGCCUUCCAAGUUCUUCCAUGACUCGUGUUCAGUACUUUGCACCUGGUAGUUUGGGUACAAAGUCUACAUAUGAAAUGCAGCCUACAGAGAAUGCUGACAGUUCUGGCACAAGCCCUGCAUGUGACGAUCACCCUGAGCAUUAUGCACAGAAUAGUAAUGUUGCUUUGACAUCUCCUUAUUGUAGGAGAGCAUCCUCUGGCCAUACUGCAUUAUGUAUGUCCUACAAAAACUAUGAACAGACAUCAAGCUCUUCAACAAACUCUGGAAAUAGUCUUUCCCAGAAGAGAAUACGUAAAGACAGUACUACUGCCAUAAAAGGAAUUAGACCAUAUAUCCCUAAAAGGUUGCGUCAAGAAAAUUCCAGUAGGCCUGAGGAAACGGAGUCUGAUCAGAGGGGGAGCUUGGAUUGUGAUGUUAAGCUGGGCAUGUCAAGAGAGCAGGCUUCAAGAAAGAUCUCUGAAUUAAUAAAGCCAUAUUUGGGAUCCAAAUAUAAAGUAACUGAAGUCCCUAAAAGCUUAAUAUUUUACUUGGCUAAUCACAGCGGCCCUGUUAAUGAAAUCCAGUGGUGUCCUGUACGAGAACAAAGUCACAUGCUUCUCUCGGCUUCUAUGGAUAAAACAAUCAAGGUAAUGUAGAAUGCUUUGUGGACCAGUCAUCAAAAAUACUGUCUUGAAUAA